CUCAGCCCACCAUGCGGCUGUGCGGGGCGCUUCUGAAGAGCCCCAUCCCCAAGCAGAUCGAGUACUAUUCCCGCUUUUCCCCGUCGCCGCUCUCGAUCAAGCAGUUCCUGGACUUCGGGCGUGAUAAUGCAUGUGAGAAAACAUCAUAUAUGUUUCUGCGAAAAGAACUUCCUGUACGGCUUGCUAAUACCAUGAGAGAAGUAAAUUUAUUGCCUGACAACUUGCUGAAUAGACCUUCGGUUAAACUAGUCCAGAGCUGGUAUAUGCAGAGCUUUCUUGAGCUUUUAGAAUAUGAAAGUAAAAGCCCUGAAGAUCCACAUGUUCUAGAUAAUUUCUUAGAUGUCUUAAUUAAAGUCAGGAACAGACACAACGAUGUUGUUCCUACCAUGGCCCAAGGAGUGAUUGAAUAUAAGGAAAAAUAUGGCUUUGACCCGUUUGUGAGCAGUAACAUCCAAUAUUUUCUAGAUAGGUUCUACACCAACCGCAUCUCGUUCCGCAUGCUUAUUAACCAGCACACCCUGCUUUUUGGUGGAGUUACUAAUCCUGCUCAUCCCAAACAUAUUGGGAGUAUUGAUCCUACUUGUAAUGUGGCUGAUGUGGUUGAAGAUGCUUUUGCAACUGCUAAAAUGUUGUGUGAGCAGUAUUACUUGGUAUCACCGGAACUGGAAAUUGAAGAAUUCAAUGCGAAAGCACCAGGCAAGCCUAUUCAAGUAGUCUAUGUACCGUCACAUCUGUUCCACAUGCUUUUUGAGUUGUUCAAGAACUCAAUGAGAGCUACAGUGGAAUUAUAUGAAGGUAAAAGUGAAGGCUAUCCACCGGUUAAAACAUUAGUCACUUUAGGUAAAGAAGACCUCUCAAUAAAGAUAAGCGAUAAAGGAGGUGGUGUGCCUCUGAGAAAAAUAGACCGCCUAUUUAACUACAUGUAUUCAACUGCCCCCAGGCCUAGUUUGGAGCCAUCAAAAGCAGUACCUUUGGCAGGAUAUGGGUAUGGUCUGCCAAUCUCUCGUCUUUAUGCCAGAUAUUUUCAAGGUGAUCUCAAACUGUACUCAAUGGAAGGUGUGGGGACUGAUGCUGUAAUUUAUUUGAAGGCUCUUUCCAGUGAAUCAUUUGAAAGAUUGCCAGUUUUUAAUAAGUCAGCCUGGCGACAUUACAAGACCACACCAGAAGCUGACGACUGGAGCAACCCCAGCAGUGAACCCCGGGAUGCUUCCAAAUAUAAGGCUAACCGAUAACUUGCC